AUGUUAAAAAGGUACAAUGACAGUCUCCAGCCAAUAAGAUUGGUGACGGACCAUCUGACCGAACGGCUGAACCUUGAUAGUGCGUGCGCACUGCCGUUGGCCAACUCAGGUUCUGCGUACUUCGAACCGAAACAACCGAUCAAACCGACAAAGAAGGGUCGGCCGGCGACUGGACAACAUAUUCGGCUUGCGGCCAAAAAAAAUAACCAGAAUGACGUGACAACGAUGAGCAACAAUCUCAUGUUUCGAAGUAUGUUUUUUAUGAACGAAGAAGCUAGACAUUUCUUGGCGCCGCCUAUACAAUUGUCUACGACCGAUGGAGAGUAUUUCACUCGAAAAACUGGAAAUCCAAAUUUAAAUACACACCAUCAACAGCAACAGCAGCAAGCCGUUGCAGCGCUUGUCAAUCACGAUUCUAGUUCUAGUGUUGAAAUCAAACCGUUACAACCCCCAAAAGCACGUCCUCACGGGUGUGAAGAGUGUGGCAAAACGUUUCUAAUGAAACAUCAUUUGUCGACUCACAUGCGAGGUCAUACUGGUGAGCGGCCUCAUAUUUGCCCUGAAUGUGGAAAGACUUUUGCUCUCAAACAUUGUCUGAGUACUCAUUUGCUGUUGCAUAGCUCGGAACGACCAUACAAAUGUUUAGAAUGUAAUAAAAGUUUUACCUUAAAACAUCAUUUGGUAAGUCAUGAAAGAGUGCAUACUCGAGAUAGACCAUUUGAGUGUCCAGAAUGUCGCCGUCGAUUUCCUCAGAAACGUCAUCUGACUACUCAUAUAAAAUUCCAUUCUGGUGAACGACCGUACUCUUGUUCUGUUUGUGGUGAGACAUUCUCGCGUGAAGAACAUCUAGUCAUGCAUUCAAGAUUCCACGGAGGAACACAACCAUUUGUGUGCCCGGACUGUGGAGCUGCAUUCUUGCGUAAAUUUGAAUUGGUCAACCAUGAACGGCAGCAUGGCCGUAUACCUGAAUCUUGCCCCGCUUGUGGUAAAGAGUUUUUACAGAGACGCACAUUAUUGGUUCACGUAAGAAACUGUGGCCUUAACUCAUCAACACCAGUACAUAGAUCUCCUUAUACCGCAACUGCGAGCAAAGCAUGCCGUGAAUGUGGUGAAACAUUUGCUAGUGAUGAAGGAUUAGCACUUCACAUGCGAUUACACAUCGGCGACCAUAGUUUCCUAUCCGAUAUUUGUAGUCUAGCUGCUACGUUGAAACAAAGCGUACAAGGUGUAUCGAAUGGUAUUGCCAAUGUACAAAAUCAUCACCAAUCACAACAUCAAACUGGUGUUGUUGCCAAUAAGAAAUCUCACUAUUGUGGAGAUUGUGGCCGUGGCUUUACUCAAAAACAUGGCUUACAACAGCAUCACGUAAAAUACCCAAAUGCCACAUGCAAAGAUAAACCCUUCGCUUGUCAAAAAUGUGGUAAAAGUUUCAUGCAAAAAAAUCACCUUGUACUACAUGAACGGCAACAUAUGGAUCCGCCACCGUCUAGAAACCGUAACGCUACCACCUCAGCUGUCCAAUCCAUACAACAUUUACAGACUGAACAGGUUGGCUUGCAGCCGACUCCUCUUCACACAACCAUCCUGGGACUACAGCCUAUUAGGCAUAUUCAAUCUGGUAGUCAACCUCAACUUUUAAGACAUCCCAGUGAGGCCCAUUCAGGGUCAUAA